AAAAUGAUAAGGAAAUAUUUUCAAGCACAAAAUUCAAUAACGAUAAUCUCAAUAAGGUUCUGUUCUGCUGCAAUUCAAAGUAAACCAAAAUUGAGUUAUUACCAUCGAAUCGAAGGGGAACCUUUUAAGUAUAAUACUAUCGGAGAACUCCUUCAGAAUGCUGCUGAAAAAUAUGGCGAAAAAGUUUCAUUGGUAACGUACAGCGAGAAAAAACGAAUAAGUUUUGCAGAAACUUUUGAAAAGGCUGAUUGUUUAGCUAGUUCCUUAAUGAAUAUUGGUUUAAAAAGGGGUGACAGAGUAGCUAUAUGGUCUCCAAACUAUGAAUUUUGGUAUAUUAGUAUGAUGGCGAUAGCCAGAGCUGGUCUUGUUUGCGUAACACUUAAUCCUGCUUAUACAAUUAAUGAACUUAAUUAUUGUCUUGAAAAAGUUGGCAUUAAAGCAGUUAUCGCUCCAGAAGUUUUCCGAACUCAAAAGUAUUUCGAUAUGCUAACUCAAUCUUUAAAAAAAGAAGCAUCAUCAAAGAUUUUACUGGAGCACAUAAUUAUUUAUGGAAAUCAAAAACUUCCAGGUGCAUUUAAUUUUGAUGAUCUUAUAAAAUCUUCCUCUGAAAAUGAUAAACGAAAAAUUAAUGAGCUCCAAGCAUCAAUUUCUCCCGAUUCAGGCGCUAUGAUUCAAUUCACGUCUGGAACAACAGGAAAGCCAAAGGCAACUCUUUUAUCACACUUUGGGAUGGUUAAUAACAGUUACUUUAUCGGGCUCCGAAAUGGUUUUCAUAAAAAAGAUUACAAACUAUGCAUUCCACUUCCUCUUUUUCAUGUUGGCGGAUGUAUAAUUAGCUUAUUGGGAUCACUGCAUCAUGGAAGAACAUUAGUAUUUCCAGCACCACACUUUGAUGGAGAAGCAAUGCUAAGAUCAAUAGUAGACGAGAAUUGUAACUUUUUCGCUGGAACUCCAACGUUUUGUGUAGAUUUACUUGCUAAGCAAAAAUUAUUGAACCUCCCUCUGCCAGAAAUUGAAAUGGCUUGUUUAGGAGGAGCUGAUUUAAGUCCACAAAUUGUAAAAGAUCUAACAGAGGUAUUAAAGGUAAAAAGAAUUACAUCUGUAUAUGGAAUGACUGAAACGUCUUCAGCUGUUUUCCAAACUCUCCCUGAAGACAAUAAUCAGUCUGUUGAGGAAUAUGUAGGAGUUGUUGGUAAUAAUGUUGAAGCAAAAGUAAUUGAUAAAAAAGGAAAUUUAGUUCCUUUUGGACAGCCAGGCGAAUUAUGCAUUAGAUCAAAAGUGAAUAUGAUUAAAUAUUGGAAUGAACCAGAGAAGACCAAGGAAACUUUAGGAGAGGAUGGAUGGCUUAAAACAGGGGAUCAGUUUAUACUUAAUGAGAAUGGAUACGGCAAAAUUUGUGGAAGAUUAAAGGAUAUGAUAAUUAGAGGAGGCGAAAAUAUUUUCCCUAAAGAAAUUGAAGAUUUCCUCAACACACAUGGAAAUAUUUUAGAAAGUCAAGUGAUUGGUGUGCCUGACAAACGAAUGGGGGAAGAAGUAUGUGCAUUGUUCAGACUAAAAGAUCAAACUAAACUCUUAACGCAGGAAGAUAUAAAAAAUUUUUGCCAAGGAACUUUAGCUCACUUUAAAAUACCAAGAUAUACUAUAAUUGUCAGUGAGUUUCCAAAAACUCCAUCAGGAAAAAUUCAAAAGAGCAGAUUUGGAAAAUUCUUUAAAAAUCAACUUGAUAAUCUCAAAUAAAAACUUUAUUUUCUUUCACCUAAAGGCUUAAUUGUUAUUUGAGAUACAUUUACAUUCCAUGGUGUACUUAACAGGUACAAAACUCCAUGUGAAAUAUCCUCAGCAAAAAUAUGAGCAACAUCAUUGUAUGUAUCCUUUGAAGGAUAAAUUUUUCCUCUAACCAUUAUUUCUGUUUUGACUACACCUGGACUUAAAUUUGAAACUCGAAUCUUAUCAUUUCCAUUUGUAAUUAACUCUUGUCUUAAAAUUUCACUAAAUGCUGUUAAUGCAAAUUUAGUUGGAGAAUAAACGUUGGAAAUAUUUAAUCCACUGUAAACAUUGUGACCAGCGAUCGAGUUUAUAUUUACUACCAAUCCAUAAUCGUUUGAAUUUUUCAUCAAAGCGAUAGCUUUUCUCGCACAAUGAACUGCACCCGUAAAAUUUGUGCUGAUAACACUGUUUAUUUUCUCCGUUACCUCGUCACUCGAAUCAAGAAUGCUCAAAUUAUGUAAUAUUCCAGCAUUGUUUAUUAAUAUGUGUAUACACGAAAAUUCUUUUUCGAUCCAAUCAAAUGAUUCUUUUAAUGAGUCUACAUUAGAAACAUCACAUGCUCGAGUAAAAAUCUUUUCCUUAAUUUCUCCUAAAUCAUUUUUAAAAUAUUCAAUCGUUUCGACAUUUCUUGCUAGUCCAAUAACUGUUAUUCCAUUUAUUGCUAAAUCUUUUAAAAUCGCCAAUCCAAUUCCACUUGAUGCUCCAGUAAUUACUGCAAUUUUAUUUUUCCACUUUUCCAUUGCUAAUGAAAAUUAAUACUAAAGUUUUUCAAUCAUAUAAAAUGAUUAACUUAAUGUCGUCGAGUAUUUUAAUCAAUUCAGAAGAAAAUGAUAAGGAUAAUAUUAAUCUCAACAAAUUUUCGUCAAGAGUAGCCGCAUGUUUUUUAUUUUAAC